CGUUUGAUUUUCUGCUGCGACUGAACCGGGAUUAUUUUCUAGACGCUGCAUAAGCAGUUUUUUGCAAGUAUUUACUUUGAAAUUUUAAGAAAAGAAUAUAUUCCAAUCUUAGGUACAUAUUUUAUGUGCGAAAUCAGGCGCUAAAAGAUUGCGUCAUCCAUACCAAGGGUAAAGUCCAGGUUGGAGUUUGCCCUCUCGGUCGAUUUUCCAUUAUAAAAGAAGAUGCUGACUUUAAACGAUUCCGAUAAGCUGGAAUGGUGGGUGAAAUUUCGAAAUCCUAAGGAUAUAUUGGAGAAGCACCCUACUUUCUUGCUGGCAGAAGUGUAUAUGAUAAUCAAUGCUGCACUGUGUCUGUGUCAUGCUCUUCGUAAUGGUGGGCGGUAUAAGUGGUUAUGGUUGACCUGUAUUCUUCAGGGACUUACCACAGAAAUGGUCAGCUAUUUCCUUCCAGAUAUAGAUAACUUCUGGCAUGCUCAGGCAAUGGUGAUGUUCGCAGGACAGCGGUUACCAUUGUACAUUAUGGUAUUGUAUACAUUCUUUUACUACACUGCUGUUGUUGGAGUUUCCCAUCUCAGACUCCCCUGGUGGGCAGAACCAUUUGCUGUGGGUAUAUCUGUGGUGUUGAUCGACAUUCCUUACGAUAUUAUGGGCAUUAAGCUGUUAUGGUGGACCUGGCACGACACGGACCCUAACAUCUACGACCGCCAUUACUGGGUUCCUUGGACCAGUUACUACUUCCAUGCAACCUUUGCUGCGGGAAUGACCUUUGUAUUCUAUGGAGUCCACAGGCUGCUGGCAAAGAAUGAAGAAAAGCUUCAAAGUGCAGGGUUUUUCAAAGAGGCCUUGGCAUGCUUGCUAGCAGGUAUUUUAGGCAUGCCUCUGGGAGUGAUCCAGUUUUUGCCGGUGUACCACCCACUUCAUGACAGUAACGAGAUCCACACUGAGGUGUGUGUCUGGAUCCAGAUGGCGGUGUACGUCAUGAUCAUGUGGGCUGGAGAUCGGAAAGCUGCUGUCAAAAGGCAUGAGCUGCAGGAAAAAGAGAAAAGUAAAAAGGAGAAGAGAUCCUACUUCAAUGAAAUAAUCUUGGCUCUGGUCAUCCACUACUCCAUGUAUGUCUUCCUGGUGUUUACAGCCAAGCCAGAGAAGCAGGUCUCAGUCGGUCUGCAUGAACCCAUUGGUUCGUGUCAGGAAACUACCCCAGUGUACACUGCCUUUGGUCAUGUUUUGGAGAAGCAUAAGUACCUAUGUGUUGACAAGUAUGAUGAGGCCAUUUUUGAUUUCCAUUGUACAAAGAAGCUACCUAAACCUGGACAGAGCUGGUACACCAUCUGUGGCACAAAGUUCCCCAACCACGUGGAGUACAUAGUCAUCGUCUGUGGUGCCUGCUUAUUUGGGAUGGCCUACUACUGGCAGCUUCUGGUGUGUUCUGGUUCACAACCAUCUGGUUCAAAAUUAUCCGGUUCACAGUCGUCCGGUUCUCAGUUAUCUGGUUCCCAAUCUUCUGGUUCUCAAUCAUGGGGUCAAAAGAAGAAAAAGAUCAAACAGAGUUGAAAAAAUUUAGGCUUAAAUUAAUUGUAUUAACACCUGAUUACUAUUAAGGACAUAUGCAACGUUCCUGACCUACUGAACAUUUUUCAAGAUAUUUUUAAUUUAAGAUUAUAGACUUAGUGCCAUCAGAAGUUCGCAGACAAAUAUUUAGCAUGCAUUACCAGGGUUUUUGAAAAGAUAUCAAUUGAUGAAAAUUCUUGUAUAAUUCAAAGGAAAAUAUACAAAAAUUAUUAAGCAUGUAUUCUAGAUGUUUUCUUUUAAUACCCAGACUUGUUUUAAAAGAAGUGUACAACAGCAUAUAUAGACAUUUUUAAUGUAGCAUUCAGUUCCUUUUAGUAUUGGAACUCUUCAACUUCAGAGAAAAACACAACAGAGUUAAAAGUACGUUUCGUAUGCCCUUAAGUGGUAAAGCUCAUUACCAUUCUUGGUAAUUUCUCUGUUAUGAAUAAUUUUUUUUGCAUGAUUUUUUUUUGAUUUGCAGCUUUAAAGGCUAUGUUUAAAUAAAUUAUUUUUAUGCGUUGAAUACUUGCUUCUUAAUUCAGUCUGCUAUAUUGAAUAUAGAUAAUAUGAAUGUUUUGUGACUUUUUUCUCAUAUUGAUUGAAUUCCAGAAUUUAUCAUGAAAUGCAAUACUAAAGUACAGUGUUUGUUGUACAAAAGCAGCAUCCACCAAAUAUUAAUUGCCAUGAUUAUAUGUACAUGUAUAUAUAAAUUCAGAAAUGCACUUAAUCAAAUCUAAUAGUGCUGAGAUUGAAAAAUCUAUUCCCGCCAAAUAUUAUACGUGUUGAAUACAAUUCAUUUACAUUAUUUAUUAGGAAGAAUUUUUUUUCUUCUGUAUAUUGUCAUUUUGAAGGAUGUAUUUUAAUUAAAUUUACACUGAAAACAACAAGAUCUAUCAUGUCAACCUUGUUAAAACAAAUCCCUCAAAACCAUUGAUGUAUUUUUGAUGAUUAUAGAAUGAUGCGAUUUAUAUACAUGUUUACGAAUGUUGUCAGUUUCAAUCAAUGUCUUUAUAGAGUUAGAGUUAUAACAAGAAAAAGUGGUGUUUUUUUAAAUGAAGUACAGUAUAUCUUGAAACUCAAAAGUGGAGUUGCUCUAUGUUUGCUUAAUUGCUUUGUGCUAUAAAUCAAUAAGUACAGUGUGAAUGAUUUAUCAUGAAUCCCAAGAAACCCAAGUGAUUGUGUAAUCUUAUUUGACUUGACGAGUAUUGUUUGUUUGCAGUAAGACUAUAAUGUAAGUGCAGAUUGUAUGAUGUUUUGAUUUAUACCCAAAACUGAGAUUAUGUCACUGUCCUAUUAAAUUUUUGUUGCAUGUCUCA